AUGCGAGCUUCCAACUCAGGCUUCGGGUGCAGCAUCGACCCCGAGCUCAACAACUUCCCCUGGAACUACCCUGACACCCAGCACUACAUCACCAGUGGAGCCUAUACCGUUGCUCCGGAAGCUACGGCUGCCCCCGCAGCAGCUAUCUUGGCAACUGUUGUCACCACAGCUCCUGGAACUACUUCUUCUCCAGAGGCAACAAGGGUCUCGACCCUUCCACGCGAGCUUCCAACUCAGUCUCCGGGUGCAGCAUCGACCCCGAGCUCAACAAUUUCCCCUGGAACUCCCCUGACACCCAACGCGACAUCUACACCUGAGGCUAACACGGCGCCUGUAGCGGACAGUGAACGAGUGACUCCUGCACCUGUGGACAUCAUCGCUGAAGUCGAAAGGCCUGGAACGACAGCUGCCGGAGCGGUAACCAUCCUUGCCCUGAUCGGCAUCUUGGUAAUUUCCACCGGCAGUGUCAUCAGGUCGAACCGCGGCAAUGACUCGUCGGCGUCAUGUGGGAGUGGAUCGGGGGAUUCAUUUCUGGGGGCUCCGGUGGCCUUCCGGGCACGGUCGGUCGACGCGUUGGCGCCCGCCGAUGGCACUGCCGAAAGAGAGAACCCACCCCCCGCCAGCAAUCGCAGGCCUUCUGCGACGUUGACUUUCGUGCUCAUGACGCAGCUCCAGUUCCUUGCGACGCUGUCGCUGGUUGACUACGUCAUGGACGAAGACUCCUGGCUCGCCGACUUCGUCACCGGUCUCAGAUGGAUCAAUCUUUGGUGGCUGGCGGAAGUUGGCCAAAACAUCGCUUCCGACGAGUCCGCCUUCGAAGCUGGGGCAAGUGGCAUCCGCGCCUUGGUAUUUGUGGGCAACGUUGCGCUGGUCAAAGGAAUCCUUCUUGCCAUAUUCUUCAUUCACGUGGCGGCGGUGUCCGGAGUGGAGGCACUCUGGUUGACGAAGAAACCCGCCCGGGAGAAUCUAGACGCAGCACGCCGUCGUGGCGCCCCUAUCGGCGAGUUGCAGGCUCGACUCAGAGGCGUAAGGAUUAUAUGCCGGACGAACCCGGAUCUCGCCGAUCCCAGUCCGUUCUCCCGCCAAGCGCCCCACGCCUCUGGGACCCUUUCCACGUUAAACGAAGAAGAGUCCGACAUGAGUGACGAGGAAGAGGGAGGGCGAGGGCGUGUGCCCAUGCGCAGCGAGAACCGGCUGAACCCGGUGGCGACGUGCCGUGAGCACUCUACAUCGGCCUGGCUCCAUUUCCCGCACGUGGAGCUAGUGUUCCAGUUCUUCGCGUUCGAGGGGGCCGUGGCGUCGUUCGCUUCUGCAAUUCGGAACUAUGAGUGCCCAAAGAUUUUCUACACGGCGAUAGCAGCGAUGGUCUUGUGCCCGCUGUUGAUGUUCGUGACGGUCUUCCGCACUCUGCUCGUCCGGGUUCGCCCCAACGUGCUGCUGAUCUUCAAGACGUAUGCCGAGGGCGGCACGAGCGGCGAUGCUCCGAGCCGCGCAGGUGGCUUCCUCUCCCGGUUCAAGAGCAGCUGGGAGGAAAACUACAGCCUGUUCUCCUGGGCAGACAAGAGGCAAUGGGAGACUGCCCAGACGCCAGACCGCCAGAUCAGCAGAGAGGGCGACUGGUGCAGGAUCGGGUUCGAGCCGGUAUUCGUGGAAUACACCAAGAGGGGGACUUGGUUCAUUGUGAUUUCGCUCGUGGAGUGGGUCGCUCUCGCCUUGGUCGGGGUGAUGGUUGAAAACAGCAUCGUACAGCUUGUCCUCUUCUGCGGCCUACCUUCUGUGAUUUUCUUGAUCCUCAUGUUCCUGAAGCCCUUCGCAAACAGUGUUACCAACAACAUUGAAGCAUGCGUGACGGCCAUCGAUGCCAUCAGUAUGGGAGUUUUCGCCGCUUCGGCCCUUUGGUGGGAGGGAACGGACAGAGCGGCGCACUUGAACACGUCCGUGGUUGUUCUGCAGCUACUUUCCCUUUUCGACGAAGAACGGGAGGCCCGAGACUACAUUCGCAGCUAUACCCGACGGCAGUGGUGCGGAACUUGGUGCACCGUGCUGGGGCACAACGUCUUCGCCUGCGCGAGAGACACUAGCGAGGGCGUCCGCAAGCCCCGCUUCACCACGGCCGCGCGCUCAGGACCGUACCCGCCUUUGGACCGGAGCAAGCAGGCGGGUGGAACGGAAGACAACGGGAUACGCGUGAGGUGA